UGCUUGAUUUUUUUUUUUUUAACCGCUAAAGUCCCCGCAGAUGCUCCAGCUGCGGCUAUUUUCAAUCCACGCGAAGGAAAGCUCGGCUUUUUAUUUGAAAGAUGGCGAACGACUCUCCUGCUAAAAGUCUCGUAGACAUCGACUUGGCUUCAUUGCGGGACCCGGCUGGGAUAUUCGAAUUGGUGGAGGUAGUUGGAAAUGGCACCUAUGGACAAGUAUACAAGGGACGUCAUGUCAAGACUGGACAGCUGGCUGCCAUCAAAGUCAUGGACGUCACAGAGGAUGAGGAGGAGGAGAUUAAACUUGAGAUCAAUAUGCUGAAAAAGUACUCCCACCACCGAAACAUAGCCACCUACUACGGCGCUUUCAUUAAGAAAAGCCCCCCGGGACACGACGACCAGCUAUGGUUGGUGAUGGAGUUCUGUGGAGCCGGCUCAAUCACGGACCUGGUGAAGAACACAAAGGGGAACCAGCUGAAGGAAGACUGGAUCGCUUACAUCUCCAGAGAGAUCCUCAGAGGUCUCGCCCACCUUCAUGCCCACCACGUCAUCCACCGAGACAUCAAGGGCCAGAAUGUCCUGCUGACAGAGAAUGCUGAAGUCAAACUAGUUGACUUUGGUGUGAGCGCUCAGCUGGAUCGGACAGUUGGGAGAAGAAACACCUUCAUCGGGACUCCUUAUUGGAUGGCCCCGGAGGUCAUUGCUUGCGACGAGAACCCGGACGCUACCUACGAUUACAGAAGUGAUUUGUGGUCCACUGGUAUCACAGCUAUUGAAAUGGCUGAAGGAGCACCACCACUCUGUGACAUGCACCCUAUGCGUGCACUUUUCCUUAUUCCGAGAAACCCUCCUCCCAGGCUCAAAUCUAAAAAAUGGUCCAAAAAGUUUUUCAGCUUCAUCGAGAACUCUCUGGUGAAGAACUACACUCAGCGUCCCCCGACGGAGCAGCUGCUGAAGCACCCGUUCAUCCGAGACCAGCCCAACGAGAGGCAAGUCCGCAUUCAGCUCAAAGACCACAUCGACCGGACCAAGAAGAAGAGGGGAGAGAAAGAUGAGACCGAGUACGAGUACAGUGGCAGCGAGGAGGAGGAAGAAGAUCCCCCAGAGCAGGAAGGCGAGCCAAGCUCCAUUGUCAAUGUACCCGGUGAGUCCACUCUUCGCCGUGACUUCAUCCGCCUGCAGCAGGAGAACAAGGAGCGGUCAGAGGCUCUCCGGCGCCAGCAGCUUCUCCAGGAGCAGCAGCUCCGCGAGCAGGAGGAGUACAAGCGCCAACUACUGGCGGAGAGGCAGAAACGUAUCGAGCAACAGAAGGAGCAGAGGAGGCGACUGGAGGAGCAACAACGGCGUGAGCGGGAGAUGAGGAGGCAACAGGAGCGCGAGCAGCGUCGCCGCGAGCAAGAGGAGAAGAGGCGGAUUGAAGAGAUGGAUCGUAGACGCAAAGAAGAAGAGGAACGCCGACGGUCUGAAGACGAGAAGAGAAGGAAUGAUCGCGAACAGGAAUACAUCAGACGUCAGCUGGAGGAGGAGCAGAGACACCUGGAGAUGCUGCAGGAGCAGCUGCUGCGUGAACAGGCCAUGCUGCUGUCAGGCAAAGGCAGGCUGCCGUCUCUUUUCUCCACCUUGAAUCAACCCAAAACUCUGCAACAGGAGUUCAAGUGGCGAGAGCUCGAGGAGCAGCGCAAGGCCGAGCGGCUCCACAAGCGGCUGCAGCAGGAACAGGCGUACCUGCUGUCGCUGCAGCACGAACCCAAGCUGCAGCCCGGAGACAAGACAAAACCCCCCUCAGACCAUCACAAACCUCCACAGACCUCCACCCUGCCCCCUGACAGAGUCCUCACUGCAUCCCCUCAGACUCAGGUCCCUGACUCACUUCCUGUUUCUGCAGCCAGAGGCUCUUCGGCCCCUCAGACGCUCCCUUUGGAUAGCUCUAAAUCUCAGGCUUCAGUUGCAGAAAACACCGACACAGAUGAGACCUCCCCAAACCAGCUCUCAGACUCUCCCAGCCCCCCUCAGACUGACAGCCCCCCUGACUCUGAGCCUCCCCAGGCAGAAGGUUUGGAGCCCGACAGGCCCGCAGAGGCUGUCAGUCAUCCUCCUCAGCCUGUCAGAGAGGCUGACGAGCGGUACCGUAAAAACAUUCAGGGUUCCCCUCAGACCGCCCCUCCUCCCAAGCAGCCCCCUCUGCCUCCCCGUUCAUCUGAACCGUUCUCCAACGGCGGCUCCUCCGAGGCGUCCGCCAUGCACCGCCCCAUGGAGCCUCAGGUGCAGUGGUCCCACCUGGCUGCUCUUAAAAGUAGCAACAGCGCCGCCCCCUCUCCUCCUCCUGCUCUGCCCGUCGUCUCUCGCUCCCAGUCCUUCAGCGAGACCGCCGGCGUCGCCUCUAAUUUUGCACAGCUCCACCUGCGCUCCCAGGACCCCCACCAUCACCACCAAUCGCCCGCACGCACUGACCCCCAGCCCCAACCUCCCCUCCACCACCCUCAUAGACUCGAACACCAGGCCAGCAGUGAGGAGGUGCCUCCAAAGGUCCCAGUGAGGACAACAUCCAGGUCUCCAGUCCUGUCACGCCGAGAGUCUCCUCUUCCCUCACAGCCCGGGAACCAGGGUGGACAGAGGAACGCUUCCGGUAAUGUGGAGCAGCGCCCCCUGUGGGACCGAGUGGAGAAGCUGCAGCCUCGGCCCGGCAGCGGCAGCUCGUCUGGCUCCUCUAACUCCAGCUCUCAGGCCAGUCCUGGUGACCGCUUUAGGCCACGCUGUGAGUCCCCUGCUUCCUCCAAAUCUGAAGGAUCACCUCUCCAGCGUCCUGAAAACAUCCCCAAAAAACAAGAUGAAAAGAACGUCGCCCGGCCCACUCGACCAGCUGACCUGACCGCUCUUGCCAAGGAGCUUCGUGCUGUGGACGACGUGAAGCCUCUCCACAAAGUCACCGACUACUCCUCCUCCAGUGAGGAGUCGGGCACCACCGACGAAGAAGACGAUGAAGAAGUGGACCAGGAGGCAGGAGAGGAGUCCACCUCUGGAGCUGAGGACUCACGGGCUGGAUAUCCCCAUGGCUUCCGCAGGAGGCAGAGCAACGGCGAGACAGAGUCGGCUAAGACCAUGCUGGUCGAAGACUCGGAGAGCGACCAGGCAAUGACACCCUCCAAGGACGGCACACUCGUCAUCAGACAGAGCACCGCUGAAAUAAAGCGGCUGGUCAAUCUCUCAUCCUCCUCCUCUUCCUCGGCUGGUCACGGCCACUGCCUGCCCCAACCCCCUGGCCACGCCCUGCCGGAGAAAAAUGGCUUUGCCGGUCGCAUACAUCACCUGCCAGACCUUAUCCAGCAGAGCCAUCACUCCCCUUCUUCAUCCACAAACAUCCCUCCCUCCUCAUCCUCCUCAUCCUCCUCCUUCCCCUCAUCAUCUAUCCAUCCCAGUCCUGCCAUGUCCCCACAGACCUCCCUGGAAAUGUUCACUGCCAUAGAGUCCCAGUCAGAAAGCAACUCCAUGUCCAAACACAAGUCUUCCUCUUCCUUCACUCCCUUCAUCGACCCGCGUCUUCUUCAAGUCUCUCCAUCCAGCGGCAGCUCUCUCAACAACAUGGCGUUUGGUCAGGACGGACGGCUGGCGGACCCGCUGAGAGCCGAAGCGUCCCGCAAAGGCUCGGUGGUGAAUGUUAACCCGGUGAACACGCGCCCGCCGAGCGACACGCCAGAGAUCCGUAAAUACAAGAAGAGGUUUAACUCUGAGAUCCUGUGUGCUGCACUCUGGGGAGUCAACCUGCUGGUGGGGACGGAGAGCGGUCUGAUGCUGCUGGACCGCAGCGGCCAGGGGAAGGUUUAUCCCUUGAUCAACAGACGACGCAUCCAGCAGAUGGACGUCCUGGAGGGACUCAAUGUCCUGGUCACCAUUUCAGGUAAAAAGAACAAGCUGCGGGUGUAUUACCUGUCGUGGCUGAGGAACAAGAUUUUGCACAACGACCCUGAGGUGGAGAAGAAGCAGGGCUGGGUUAACGUGGGCGACCUGGAGGGUUGUGUCCACUACAAAGUCGUGAAGUACGAGAGAAUAAAGUUCUUGGUGCUGGCCUUGAAGAACGCUGUGGAGGUUUACGCCUGGGCGCCAAAACCCUACCACAAGUUCAUGGCCUUUAAGUCUUUCGGUGACCUGGUGCACAGGCCUCUGCUGGUCGACCUGACGGUGGAGGAAGGUCAGCGGUUAAAGGUCAUCUACGGCUCCUGCUCGGGCUUCCAUGCCGUGGACGUGGACUCCGGUGCUGUUUACGACAUCUACCUGCCCACACACAUCCAGACGAGCAUUCAGUGCCACGCCAUCAUCAUUUUGCCAAACACUGACGGGAUCGAGCUGCUGGUGUGUUACGAGGACGAGGGCGUCUACGUCAACACCUACGGGCGCAUCACCAAGGACGUGGUGCUGCAGUGGGGCGAGAUGCCAACGUCAGUGGCCUACAUUAGGUCAAACCAGAUCAUGGGCUGGGGUGAGAAGGCCAUCGAGAUCCGCUCGGUGGAGACGGGACACCUGGACGGCGUUUUCAUGCACAAGAGAGCUCAGAGACUCAAGUUCCUUUGUGAGAGGAAUGACAAGGUCUUCUUCGCCUCUGUUCGCCAAGGAGGAGCCAGCCAGGUGUACUUCAUGACCCUGGGACGCACUUCCCUCAUGAGCUGGUAGCCGACGUUCCUCCUCCUCAGCAGCAGCAGCAGCAGCAGCAAGCCGACGUGACGACCACACCUUAGCAGAAGACCAACAGAAGACGAUUGUGACUAUGACAGACGACUGAUGAAGAACAAAAAAAAAAAAAAGAAGAAGAGAAACGCCUUGAGCCUGAAGCGGAGAGAGAGCAGCUUCCUUCCACCUGCUCGGUUGAACAAGAUCGGACUGUACUCCUGAAGAGAAGCGAGGGACUGGGGUGUGGGCUUUUGGGUUGUUCUCACCUUAACCUUCGAGCCGAUCGCCCCUCUUCCUCUGCUGCAGGGGCGCGGGAUGUGUCGCCUGUUGAAGGUAAAUCUUUAUGUGUCAUAGUUAAACUUUGCAUCGUGUAUGUGUGUGACAGAGGAAACACUGAGCAUGUGAAUAACUGACGAUUAGAGGCUAAACGCGCCCGUUGCUGUAUCGAAGAAGGCCAAUACUGUACACGUGUUUAGUCCGGGUUCUGUUCAGGUAACUCCUCCUCUUCCUCCCACGGUAGAUUCUCAUGUUAACACUAGUUCACAGUCACCGUUCUCCUCCUUUUAAAUAACGCCUGACGUGUAAAUCUGCCUCCGUGUCUUCACUUUUUUGCCUUCUCCUCCUCGAAGUGAAGAUUUUUUAAGGGACCUUUCUCGAUCCAUAAACAAACAGGGUACUGGAUAUGAGCUUGUACAUACUAACUACACGCCUCACGUACUGUAGGUGAUGUCGGACAGAUGUAGCCCUGUUUAUGGCAGCAUGUUGCUUUGGUGUUAUCGACACAGAUUAGCCCCUUUUUCUCAGACACUGUAUAUUUUGUAUGUGACUCGCUGCACACGGAUAAAGCAGAAGAAGAAAACUAGGAAAUGGAAAAACAAAAGAAGGUUCAUGACAUCGUUUUGAAUCUCGCAUUAAAGGCCUGCGGUUUGGUGCCGCUUUAAGUGAAGUUAAUGGAGAAGAAAAAUACCCACAACAGAUAAUCUAAAAAGGCCCCCGCUGCUACAUCAGUUGCCUGAUGUCACCGUGCAGAUGUGGGCGUCUCAAAGAUAAACUGGCAUUGAUGUUGAUGUUUUCAAACAAGAAAACAACGUUGAGGGUGAUUUAGAAAGGUGUCAUCAUGCAGAUUGUCCAGCAGAGGGUGCUCUAACCUCAAAGUUUUCAACACUCUCAGGACUGUCUGCAGAAUAUGAAGCAGGGAAUCCAGACGACUGGAUGCACUGGAUUAAAUUGAUUGACGAUGCAUCAUCGUGUUGAAAAGGUUGUUUCAAUUCCAGGUCAAAAUAAACUGGCGUCAGCUGCAUUGUGGGUAAUCUUUCUGCAAACCUUAGUCCUUAAAAUCAGUCUAUGCCAGGUGUUCGUCUUGCUUUUGUUCAACAGCACGCAGCUGAGAAAGAAAACCCUGCUUGGUUGAAGAUGAAUAAAACUUAUCUUUGAAGUGUAAUUGUGCAGUUUGUCCAGCAGAGGGUGCUCUGACUCCGUGUUUCACAACGCUCAGGACUGUCUGCAGAAAAUGCAGCGGUGAUUCAGACGGUUGACGCACUAGAAUUGAAUGACACUGCACAAUAAAAACAAUUCGUUAGAGAAGUUAAAGGAGGCGAUGUUCUGAGUACCUUUUGCGUCGAUAUAUCGUCGCAAAAAGGAUUUAAAAAUCCUGGUAGAAAUACCUAAAUCGUCUGCACUGGUUCGCAGUGGAAUCGGUCUCUGAAAUCCCAAAUCGUCGGGUCAGGUUGUGCAAGAUAUACCUUUGCUUUUACAUGCAGCAGUGUCUUGCUUAUUAAACCUAAAUCAAGCUCCUUUUUUGUCCCCAAAAAGGUAAAAACGACAUAAAUAGACGUGACCAAUCAGAGCAGGGGCAACAAAGUUUCUCAGCAGAUCAAUGCAUCAGUGGCUCAGAUUACAACUGGCUGCAGAAAUGCACAAAAAAAACAGGAAGAUAACACACAUAUUGAGAUAAACAAAAACCAUCAUUCAACAUUAUAUAAAGAGCUAUUCACUGUGUUUGUGUAUUUUUAAGUCAAACAUGAACUACUACAGCUAAGCGAUAUCUUCAUUAACUUUGAUUAAAAAAGGCACCAAAGUGGAGCUCUGACGUCGUGAUUCUUCCUGCUUUGUUUUAGUUCUCGUUGUAAGAAUGCCGGACGUACACGUUGGUGAGUUUUAAAGGAAAGAUCCACCACAGGUAUCAUCAAUCUGUCGUUCGACUUAGGGCUAAGGAUUUACUUUCACAUAAUCAUCGUCUUGAAGUCGUCAGAUUCUGUUUUCUUUUUUUUUCUCUCUCUACUGGAAAUAUAAAUAAACACACCCAGAAAUGUGAGCCGCGCCGCCGACAAAAACAAAAAAGGUGGAUUUUUCCUUUAAUGAUGAGUUGUAAGUAGGGCUAGCAUAAACUGUGAAAUAGCAGAAUUAGCAGGUGGCCGUUAAGGUAGCAUGGACGUGACUGUAAGGGAAUGAAGGCAAGUGUGCAAAGAGACAGAAGAUUUCACAUCCACAAUCAUCCAACUCUUUACAGUUGCCUUACAAGGAUCUCAAUACAAAACCCGGUUUAGCUUUUACUCGUUUUUAGUGACGUUUGGAUUCAUGUGUACUGUAGGAAAACUUGAGUCAGAACCAGCCAUGUGAUUCAAUUAAUUCUGGGUUUCAGGCCACAAGUUCAACUGGACCAUAUUCUCAUUUUUUACUUCCAUUUCUUCCUUUUAAAGCCCAAAACGACAUGUUAAUACAGUCUCCCUCCUCUGUUGAAUCAAUCCUGCAGCUCAUGUGCAUGUAUGAAUGAUAAAACCCUGAUAACGAGACUCUCCUUUCCCCCGUUUAAACUCUUAAAUCCUGCUCUCGGUACGGGCGGUGCCUUCACUGUCAAAGCUGGGAGCUGCAGAAUAAAGGAAAAAAAAAAAAAGAUGCAUUCACUGUCUGCGAAGAAGGCAAAAAGUCACUCGUUCUAAUAGCAGUGUUACAAAACCACUUGAGACGGCGCGGACUAAGCGGCAUAUUUUUAACUCUGACUUAGUUUUUAGUCUUGUUUCUGCAAUUUUUAUUAUGUAACCCUUCGGAUAAGUAUGCGACUGCAGUGGUUUUUAAAUUGUAAUGCACACCUUAUGUUGAAAAUGUUUACAGAAGCAAUUGUUUUGUUAAACCAAUGUGCAUCGAUAUGAAUAUUUAUGGUUUAUUUUGAGGGCAGUUUCUCCCUGUUUUUUGUAUUUUGUAUUAUUCCCUUUUUGUACUUUCAUUUAGACGUUUGUGUACAGGAUUAAUCAACUUUUUGCUCACCACGUUAUGAAUUACACAAGUCUCUCGGGUGUGAUUUCACCAAUUCCUACUUCCUAAUUCCUCCUGCAUUAGUGCACAGUGUGCCCCUGGCUGCGUGGCAGCGUGGAUCAAAUGUUUUCUACCACCAGGUGCCAGGUGACAUGUCCCCCCCCCCCCCCCACCCCCUCCCUCAAACGUCUCUCCGCCAUGCCUCUCUAAUUUAUGUCCUCUCUGUGUGUACUAUGGGAAUUACUGUAUUUUCCUGAAGGUCUUUAUUUCCAUUGAAUAAAAUCAGAAGUAAUUUACA